UUCCUGUUGUUCUGCAUGGCCCCCAGGCCCUGGAACGGGGCUCUCAUGCUGUAUCAGCGCGUCGUGCGCCCGCUGUUCCUAAGGCACCACGGGGCCGUGGACAGAAUCGUGAACAACCUCAGCGGGCGAGCCCUAGACGCAGCGGCCGGAAUAACCAGGAACGUCUUGCAGGCGCUGGCCCGUAGCCGGGCAGGCGUCACUCCAGCGGCUGUGGCCGGGCCCUCCACUCCCCUGGAAGCUGACAUCAAGCCAAGCCAGAGCCUGCAGCCGAAGGACAAGUGAAGCAGCCCCCCGGGCCUCGCAAGGACCUCCCGGCUGGUGAGGAGGGGGCCGCGCCGGGCUCCCAGGCCUCCACAUCGUCUUCAGCGCAUCUCUCGACGGCAGCCCACGCCAGUCCCUCGGGUCCAGGCAAGGCCCUGGGGGUCUCCUUAAAUGCCACCUCGGGCAAGUCCCAGUCCCAGUCCUCGGCCACCCCUAGCUCUGAAUCCCAGGGCCAGCUGCCCUCCAGCUCUGGCCGUGGCAAGGCCCAGGGCCAGCGUCGGGCACAGGUCAGCUCCCAGCGGUCUCGGCAACGCGCCCAGCUGCCUGGUACUUCCUCCGGCCCCUCCCAGUCAGCCCUCCCGUCCUCGAGGCCCCUGCAGCCACCCAACGUCACCUCCAGCCCGGUCUCACCCGUGGUCCAGUCUCCCAGCAGCAGCAACGUCCCCACGCAGCCUCCCAGCAAGCCCCCUGGCGAGCCAGAGGACACAGCCCCCAAGACCAGCGGACAGCGCCAGAAGCAAUCCUCGAAACAGCCUGCCAGCAGCACCUCAGUGCCCGAGCUGGUCCCCUGCCACUCCGGGACCUCUCUGGAGUACACUUCGGAGUCCACCACCGAGAUCACCUGCAGCUGGCCACACCACAGGCCCCCGUGCCUGCAGCACUACUGGUGCCUGAAACACCUGGCCUGCUAGGAGGCUCCAAUAAAGCUAACCCGGACCAGA